AUGUGGCGCGUCGCUGCCUAGGAGACGGGACGCGGGGUCCGCGCGCUGGCCGGCGGCGCCCACCCGGUCCCCAUGGAGCUGCCCGUCAGCGCCCGGGGCUCGGACCCGGAGCCGGAUCCCGAUCCCGACGCACAGGCCGAGGCGUACGUGGCCCGCGUGCUCAGCCCGCCCGCCCCCGGCCGCUCGCCCCCGCGCGCCCCCCGCCCGCCCGCGGCCGCCGUCCCCCCGCUCCCCGGGGCCUCCGAGGCGGCGCGGGCGGCCUCCCGCGGGCCGGCGGCUGGGGCGGCGGCCGGGGCGCCGGGGCUGCUGAGCCUCCCGCCGGAGCUGCUGCUGGAGAUCUGCGCCUACCUGGACGCGCGCCUGCUGCUCGGCGUCCUGCCCCGCGUGUGCCGCGCGCUGCGCGACCUGCUGCGCGACCCGGUCACCUGGCGGCUGCGCGUGCAGCGCCGCGUGCGCUCGCGGUACCCGGCGUGGGACAGCACGGUGAAGCUCUGGGACAUGGCAGCUGACGGGCAGCAGUUCGGGGAGAUCAAGGACAAGGCCGCCGUGCUGUGCUUGUCCUACCUGCCGGACAUCCUGGUGACAGGCACUUACAACAAGAAAGUCACCAUCUAUGACCCCAGAGCCGGCCCAGGGUUACUGCAGACCCAACAGGUGCACUCGAGCGCGGUGCUGGCGCUGAUGGCGGACGAGCGGCACAUCAUCUCAGGCAGCGAGGACCACACGCUGGUGGUUUUUGACCGGCGGGCCAACGGGGUGCUCCAGCGGUUGCAGCUGGACUCUUACCUGCUCUGCAUGUCCUACCACGAGCCGCAGCUCUGGGCCGGCGACAACCAGGGUCUCCUGCACGUCUUCGCCAACCACGGAGGCAGCUUCAGGCUUGCCAGGUCCUUCGACGUGGGCCACCGUUCCCACAUCACGGGCAUCCAGCACUCGCUAGGCGCCUUGUACACCACCUCCACCGACAAGACUGUGCGGGUGCACCUGCCCACCGACCCCCCCAGGACCCUUUGCACCCGGACCCACGACGACGUGCUAAAUGGGGUCUGCGCGGAGGGGAACUUCAUGGUGGCCGCCUCCGGUGGCCUGUCCCUGGAGGUGUGGCGGCUGAAGGCCUGAGCGACCGACCUGCCUGCGGGCUCCGGCCUCGGGGACCCCCGCCCCACCUUGGUGCUUCUGGGGGCGCUGCCCCUGGGAGGGGGCGAGGGGCCCCUCCCUGCCAGCCCACCCUCUCACAGGGGCUCCUGCUCUGAGACUUGACGGGGUGGGGGAGCGAAAUAAAGCUGCCCGCUGCCUGUGUUGGGGCAUCCCC